CCAAGAAGUAGUUACAGUAAGACAAAUAAGGUAGGGUAUCCACCAAUAUUCUCAUACCUAAGUCCAAAUCAUUUUCCCUUUCUCUCUUUCACCUCUUCUUUUUAAUCUCUCUAUGCUUUUUUCUUCUUCAUCUUCAAUACUUAUAUGGAGCAAGCAAGGUGCUGGAUGUUGACUAAGCGAAAACACAGUAUGACUUCAAAUCAUCAUCUUCAAAAAUCAACUAAUUCUCACCCUCCAUACGAAGAUUCAUGGGAAGAACAAGCUUUUGCAGAAGAUGCAGCUGCUUCUUUAGGCGGUUGCGUGUGGCCACCAAGAUCUUAUUCUUGCAGCUUUUGUAGAAGAGAAUUUAGGUCUGCUCAAGCUUUGGGCGGUCAUAUGAAUGUCCAUAGAAGAGAUAGAGCUAGACUAAAGCAAUCUCCAGGCCCUAACAAUGAACUUGUUAAUCAUCAUCAUGACCAUCAAAAUCAUCACAAUCUCUUUCAGAAUCAAUUUUCUUCUUUGGGUAAUUAUCAAUAUCCAUCUCAGAUUUGUACUCUGGUUUAUAGCCCUAACCCUAAUUCUAAUCCUUCUGCUAUCAAUAAUAUUGCAUCACCUCCUUCACCUACUCGUCAACUGAAUUGCAAUAAUGAAAAGAAUUUUUUCCCUCCUUUUUCUUCUUCUUGUAAUAUUAAACAAGUAGAUGGAAGAAAAUCCAUACCUCCUAGAUCUUCCCCUCCAAUCUCCGUGACCGACGGAUAUUACUGUAAGUCAGAUCCCAGAAGCAAAGCAGAGAAGAAUUCAAGAAUUGUAGGAUCUACAGAAUGUAGUGCUAAGGUAGAUUGUGUGAAAACUGAUUUGUCUGUGAGCUUGAAUUUAGUGGUUCGACGAACAUGCCCAACAAUAACAGACAAUAAUGAUGAUGAUGUAGAGGGGAAGGAGGCUAUAGUUCGCAAAAGAAGGAAACAUAACCAUGUCCAGUCAGAGGUAUUUGAAAUUAGCCCUUGUUUUAGAGAGGAAUUGGAUCUUGAACUCAGGCUUGGUGACCGGCCGUCUAAGGUAAAGUAGUAGUUGCCGAAACCCUCAGGAACUACAUAUUGAUAUAUUUAGUACUACUGGUUUUCUCUUGUUCAUUUUUCUUUUUUCCCUUUGAGUUUGAUCACUUCUACUGUCCUGAGUGCUUAUGAAUUCGCAAGAUCAUGUAAUAAUAUA